CAGAUGGCCAAGAGGCGAGCGGAUAUAGAGUUGAACCAAGAUAACUGGGAUGACGAUUUGAAGCCAAUAAGUGAAGGAACAUUCGAAAAAGCAAAUAAAGAGCUUCUUUCGCAGAGAAAAAUUAUAACACCUCGUGCAAAUCGGCCAUCUAACACGGGGACUGCUGGACUUUUCAAAUCAUUUACAGCUUUUUCUAAUUGUUCAAAUACAAAAGCACCGUCAUUUAACUUUGGCCCGACUCCUAUAGGUGUUAUGCAAAAUGGGCAUAAGAAUGAAGAAGCUGAGUAUCUUGGGCAUUUGCAAGCUCUCAACCAAAAUUUGCUUGAUUGGAUUUCAAAGCAUAUAAAAGAAGAUCCAUUCUGUAUUCUUAGUCCAAUAUUCUCCGACUAUGACAAACACCUGUCUGAAAUAAGCUCUAAGUUUCCUAAACAGUCAUCAGGUGAUAUCUCAGUAGAUGAAAAAAAGGAUUCGAGUUGCUUUCCUGUUAUCAACACAACAGAAGUUAGUAAACCUCUAGCUAGCAGCACUACAAGCUCAGUCUUUACCUUCGGCAAUGCUGUAUCAAAAUCUUCAGCGACGUCUGGCACUGCGACUGAUUCUGCGGCUAGCAAGUCUUUAUUCUCGUUUGGUUUGCCACCCAUUACGACUGCUAAUAUGCAGUUUCCACAAUCACUCUUCCAGUUCUCAAACAUUCCUAAUUUUAUGCGAAAUCCUGUAGAAGGUGAUUGUAAGUUGAAUACUUCUACGACAACCAUCCAACAGACUGAUGAAGAUGAUAAUGAAGAGUAUAUUCCUCCAAAACCAGAAGUCAAAGAAAUAAAAGAAGAUGGUGCAGUAUUUUCAACAAGGUUUGUGCUGUAUUCCCGUUCGGCGCACGCAUAUAUAUAAGAAAAUCAGAUAGACCUUAUGUGUUACAACAUAAUAAGUGGGCGAGUUUCAUGUACUCAUUGUGUCAAGUAGUACCAUUUUCUUGAUUAACAAGACUUACUGGUCGGGAUCGUCGAAACAAACUCCCCAGGUCGACAUUUAUCUACAUGGGCUGAGUCAAUGGCCAAAAGCAUGAAUUGAUAUUGUCUUGGUCUGCCAACUUAACCUUUUUUCAGUCUAAUUCAGUCAACGUUUUUUACUGGGGAAGUCUUUUUAAACACAGAAUAAUAAUUAGUAGUGAAGGAGAGAGAGAGGAGGUACAAAAGGUAGUCAAAUUAAUAAUAGCUGUUCAUGUUUAUCGGGACUGCUGAGGCGAAAGUUUGAUGUGGUGAUCCAGCAUUAGAGCAUUUUGGAGAAACGUUUAGUUGAACAUCACCACCCAGUGUAAGGCUUAGACAAAAGUCGACACCUAACCUCUAAUUCCUGCUAGGGUCAAGAUUAUGCUAGGCUUUACGUACUGGUAGACAAGAAAAUAUGAUGGACGUUCGAAAUGUAUCGUUGUGAUUCAUUACGCAAGAGACUCAAUCUUUAACUAGUCAUUCGAUGACUAAAAUUCCACUGCAACUACUCAAGUUUAUGGUACCAAGUAGCAUAUCAGCCGUCAUGUAACCGAUAUGGUUCAUUGGUUGGUGUUUGUAAGGUAUUAUUAAAUGUUUGCGAGGAUUUUGGUCCAAAUUGGUUAAUUUGGCUAAGAGAUAUUUGGAAUGUGGCGGUAUACUAUUUUUAGGGUUAUAAGUACCUUUCCUAUACGAAUCUAGGUGACACCGAC